AUGGCUUUUGACAGAGCCAUUCUUACAAAACACCUUUAUCCUAUAUCCAAGAGUGUGAAGGGUCCAGCUCCAUUUGGUGAGACAAAUUACCGAAUCGGACAAGCAGGCCCUCAGGGCGAGCGGGGACCCCCAGGACCGCCAGGUCCUGACGGAGAAAUGGGACCCGUAGGUCCUGCAGGUCCUCCUGGUCGUGCGGGAUCCAACGGCCCCGAUGGUCCAACUGGACCCCCCGGUCCAGCUGGUAUCGACGGACGCAUGGGUCGUGAUGGAGAGCCUGGGUUACCUGGACCACAGGGUGAGAUGGGACCUCCGGGGCCCAUGGGUCCCACCGGACCGCCUGGAGCCAAGGGGCCCGUUGGUCCACAAGGACCCAAGGGAGAACGUGGUGAUCAAGGGCGCGAUGGACCUGAGGGCAUGCGCGGAGAGGCCGGCCACCAAGGCUCAGUAGGUCGACCAGGCCCAAGGGGUUCCCGAGGUCCCACAGGACCAGCUGGAACCCAGGGGCCUCGCGGUCCUGAUGGAGCUGAUGGAAUGGUCGGUCCACCUGGUCCUAUUGGUGCUGCAGGCGUUCCUGGACAGCCUGGUGAAGUUGGACCCGCAGGCCCCGCUGGAGAAGAUGGUGCUCCUGGUCCUCGUGGCCCCGACGGUCCACCGGGACAGCCUGGUGCCGCUGGAAAGCCCGGUCAACCCGGUGCACCGGGUCUUCAAGGACCGUCUGGUAGAGACGGAGCUCAGGGUCCAAAAGGUGAGCCCGGAAUCCGCGGUCUUUCGGGACCCCCCGGCCCCCAGGGCCCGCGCGGUUCCCCAGGACCUACUGGAGCCACUGGAGAAGUGGGCCAGAAGGGCCCUGUUGGAGUUCCUGGACCUGCUGGUGCGCCUGGACCAACUGGUCAGCAAGGUCUUCCUGGACCGAUAGGACCUAGAGGUCCCACUGGUCCAUCUGGUCCGAUGGGCCCAACUGGACCUCGUGGUCCGCGCGGUCGCGCCGGUCAAAAGGGUGCAAUGGGUCCUUCUGGAGCCCCUGGAGCUCCUGGAACGCCUGGCAGUGACGGUCGUCCGGGAAUUCCUGGACAGCCUGGCAGACAGGGGCCCCGUGGUCGCACAGGUCCUCGCGGUGAAACCGGGCCUCCUGGGCCUGAUGGAGCCGACGGCAAAGCCGGUCCCAUCGGUUACCCUGGAGCUGACGGAAAGGAGGGAGCUGCCGGACCACAGGGUCCCCAAGGUCCACGCGGGCCACCAGGCAAACCUGGUGAAGAUGGUUUGCCUGGUCGUCCUGGAGCGUCUGGUCCAGCUGGAGGACAGGGCCCAAGAGGCUCUCCCGGUCCACAAGGCGAACGUGGAAUUCCGGGUCCCAAUGGACCAUCUGGCCCAAAAGGAGACCGUGGUGACAAGGGACCCUCCGGUCCAGUUGGUAUGCAAGGAGAAGUCGGCCCUGUUGGACCACGUGGAAAGCCGGGUCGCAUGGGACCUAAGGGUGACCAGGGACCAAUGGGUCCUGACGGACCAGCUGGACCCCGAGGUCCUCGUGGUAGUACUGGAGAACCUGGUGAUGACGGACGUGAUGGCGAGCCUGGAAAAGAUGCUGAAGAUGGGCCGCCUGGACCACGCGGCCGCCCUGGCCCAGCCGGAGAUCGUGGUGAGCCCGGCCUACAAGGGCCUCCUGGUACUCCAGGUGCACCAGGUGAAAAGGGUGAUGCUGGCCCUAUGGGCCCUGCGGGCGUCAUGGGUGCUGCCGGUUUGCCAGGUUUGCCAGGUGAAGAUGGAGCCCCCGGCCUUCGUGGUUACAAAGGCGACCGUGGACGUCAGGGCGCUCGUGGUCGUCCUGGUAAGCAUGGCGAACCUGGACCUCGUGGUGAGACUGGUAAAGCAGGACCCGCGGGGUUCCUCCGGGUAAUUGGCCGAUCGGUCGGAAACCUUGGCCCACCAGGUGAAGCUGGUGGAGAGGGACCUGAGGGUCCUAAGGGGCGCACAGGAAUGCAGGGAGUUCAGGGGCAGCCGGGUCCAGCUGGACCUCCGGGCGUAUCGGGCAAAAGAGGUCCACCUGGUCCCAAGGGCCCUCCUGGAAACCCUGGCCACGAUGGCCUCGCAGGAAGCGCCGGGCUGCCUGGACCAGCAGGUCACAGUGGCGCAUCUGGUCCUAGCGGUCAACCCGGUCUCCCUGGUAAGCCAGGCCUCCGCGGUGCUCCUGGUCUUGACGGCCUUCCUGGACCACGCGGCCAACCCGGUGCCAGUGGAAAGCCUGGAGCCACCGGUAGAGUUGGAGAACCUGGAGACAAAGGUGGUACUGGACCAACCGGUCUUCGUGGACGCGACGGAGCUCCUGGCCGUGAGGGUGCUCAGGGCGACCAGGGACCAACUGGUGAACCUGGUCCCAUGGGCGAUAAGGGCCCACAAGGUGGCGUUGGUCGCGAUGGUCCUAUGGGUUCUCAAGGAAUGCGUGGACCUAGCGGUGGUCCAGGUGCCCAAGGUCCACCUGGUCCUGAAGGUCUUCCGGGUCCACAGGGUCCUCAAGGGCCAACUGGUGACCAGGGUCCACAAGGUCCACCCGGUCCACAGGGUCGCAAGGGACCGGUAGGCGAAGAAGGUCCAGAGGGCCCUAUUGGUGAUGACGGCCCCGCAGGACCUGAGGGUCAGCCCGGAGAAGUGGGAGACCAAGGUUUUCCAGGUUUUCGUGGUCCACGAGGGGCUCAAGGCAAACCAGGUCCAAUGGGCUUAGAAGGUCCAAUCGGUCUUCCAGGACGCCAAGGACCUGCUGGUGCUCGCGGACGUGCUGGCAAACCCGGGGCCCCCGGAGAACAAGGGCAAAUGGGACCACCUGGUGAACCUGGUGCCGACGGAAAGGAUGGUGAGCCUGGACCAGACGGACUUCCUGGACCCCAGGGUCACCCGGGCUGGGCCGGACCCCCAGGUCUGCCUGGUGAACAAGGCGAAGAUGGACCACGUGGAGAUCCUGGUGAAGAGGGUCCUCCUGGAAACCCUGGUCCAGCUGGUGAGGCCGGUCCCAUUGGCCAUCGUGGGAAACGAGGUCCGAAGGGACCCCGUGGAGAUCCUGGUCUUCCAGGCCCUCAAGGACCCACUGGUCGAGAUGGCCCUCGUGGACCACCUGGUCCGAUGGGGCCUCCUGGUCCCCCAGGUCCUCCUGGCCCACCUGCCGUCAAGAUGCCCGUGAUGACAUCUCUCACUAAAGGCAACAUCAUGUAUUCCGACGCGGCUGCUGUCGCUCAGGUGUUUGGUGUUGAAUCCGUCUCAGCUCCUUUGGGAACUCGUGAUGUGCCCGCUCUCACAUGCAAGCAUCUUGGACAGUCUCAGCCAAAUCUCAAAGAUGGUAUGUACUGGGUAGAUCCAAACGGUGGUGGCCCAGAAGACGCCAUACAAGUAUACUGCAACUUCAAGAAUAUGGAGACCUGCAUUGACGCCAAGAAGGAGGUCUAUACUGCCGAUAUUGGGAAGAUGAAGAGUGAUUUCACUUGGCUCGGCGAGGUGGCCGACUUCGACAAAUUCCUCUACGAGGUUGAGGGGACUCAGCUGGUCAUGCUGAAAACCAGAAGCUCAGCGGCGCACCAGACACUGACGGUUUCAUGUCCUAAGGACAUCAAGUUGUACGCCGACAACGAAAUCGAACUGAGCCCAUCCAGCACGCACGCUAAAUUUGACAUCAUCCUAAACAGCUGUCAGAAUAACUCGGGUCUUUCCAAAGAAAUGGUCCUCGAUGCGUCUGGACCGCCAACUCGCCUGCCCAUCCGUGAUGUAGCUUUUGCUGACUCAGAGGUCAAAAUGGACGUCAGAUUGGGCCAGGUUUGCUUCCAGUAG